CACGGGAACAAGGGAACAAGGGAAACUAGGAACGUUAACAAUGGAAAACACAACAACAAUACUCCGUGGCUUGCAAGAGGGAAGUCCGGGGCUUUUAUAGCGCUUCUGACUGGCCACAGGUGUAUGGCGCAAUCAGCGUGGUGAAUGAUGGGAGAUGCAGUCCGGGGUGUAGUGCAACAGUCAGUGUGUGAUGAUAGGGUGAGAGCGACAUCUGGUGGUGAGCGGACCGCAGAACACCGACCAGAUUCGUAACAACUGGUAAAUACAAAAAUGUGCUGUUCACACUGGCAAUGGUGUUCUGUCUUUUUACUGGUAAAGCAUCAUUCACACAUUAGUUUUAAAUUACUAGAAAACUUUUUGACAUCAUUGACCCGAAACUACCUCUAAAUGACUGCACCUUCUGGUCUUGUGUUUGUAAACAUGGAGGGGUAAAUGCAGUGUUUUUGUUGAUGUUUUUAAUUUGGUGUCAAACAUUCACAUUCAUCCAGCUGCUUUUUGUUCAGAGAAAAUGUAUUAUAUGACUUCACACCAAAUUAUACAGCGCAGAGUAAAUGUGACAUCUUGUGUCACAAUGUUAUGAUUGGCCCAGAGCCAUUCAGUUAAUUUUAUAUCACAGCAUUCUGAACUUGUAUGUGUUCAUACUGGUAAUCUUAUUCUGCCUUCACACACAGCAUCAUUUUGGCAAUUUACUGGUAAUACUACAACUUCUCAUACCGAAUGAAUUUACCGGUAUUUUUGAAAAAUGUCCUGUUUACACAUGAUUCCUUAUUAGUAAUUUAACCGUAAUUUAACAGUAAAGUCUGUAUAUGUGAAAGGGGCUAGAUGCUUUUAAGAUUAUCUUACUAAAGUAUAGUAUUAUACUACUAAAUAAUAUUUAUGAUAUUAAGUACAAAAUUAGUGUGUGAAAAUAGAGCACUUUAAGUAAAUUAUGGAAGGGAAGUGCACUUCUUUUUCAUCUGGGUCAAUACUACAAAAGUUACCAAAAUCCAUGUGAAACAGAUUUUGGCAAUCCUGGCUUGAACUACAAGAAUUCAUUCAGUUUUUUAAAUCACUUAAGAAUUACUGAAGAAACACUAAAUUGUUUUAAGUACAUUAAAGUGAGAUUUUGUUGAUGCAUUAUUAUUACAUUUUUUACAGCUCUAAUAACAACUUAUGCUGUUUAGACAAAAUCUUACAGAAUAUUUAAACGGAAGCAACCAAUGUUGCUGUGAACAGCUCAUUUUUAACAUCACUUUGCUUCCUGCUCUUCCCAUACUUUUGACUGUCUCAUGGGCUGAUAGAGGGCAGUUUUCAGACAAAACUUCCUUUCAACUUGUUUUGGACUCUAUACAAAACAGAUGUCUACUGAUGAAAUUUGCUAAUGAGACCAGUAUUUCUGAUGCAAUAGAAUAAUCUAACAAAUCCUUUGCUUUGUUUAGACUGACAGGUUGUAGACUCACUGGUCAGUGUUGUGAAAGUUUGUCUUCAGCUCUUCAAUCAUCAAACACCCAACUAAAAGAGCUGGACCUGAGUAACAAUGACCUGCAGUAUUUAGGAAUGAAGCUUCUUUCUGUUGGAUUGAGGAGUGCUCACUGUCAACUGAACAUACUGAGAUUGGUCAUCUGUAAUCUCACUAGUCAGUGCUGUGAAAGUUUGUCUUCAGCUCUACAGUCAUCAAGCUCAUGUCUGAGAGAGCUAGAUCUGAGUAACAAUGACCUUCAGGAUUCUGGAAUGAAGCUUCUCUCUGCUGGGCUGAUGGAAUCUCACUGUCAUUUAAAGAUAUUGAGAUUGUCUGGCUGUAUGGUGACAGAGAAAGGAUGUCACUAUGUGUCUUCAGCUCUUAGUUCAAACCCCUCACACCUGAGAGAGCUGGAUCUGAGCUACAAUCACCCAGGAGACUCAGGAGUCAAGUUUCUGUCUGAAAAAUUGGAGGAUCCAAACUGCACACUGGAAAAACUCAAUGUGGAUCAUGGUGGAGAGAUCAGGAUUACAGCAGGACUACACAAAUAUGCCUGUUUUCUAACACUGGAUCCAAACACAGCAAACACUCGUCUUAUUCUGUCUGAGGAGAAUAGAAAGGUGACACAUGUGGAAAAGAAUCAGUCAUACCCAGAUCAUCCAGAGAGAUUUGAUGAGUGUCUUCAGGUUCUGUGUAGAGAGAGUCUGCUUGGACGCUGUUACUGGGAGACUGAAUGGAGUGGAUGUGGUGUUAUAUCAGUGACAUAUAAAGGAAUCAGCAGAAAAGGAAGUCAUGACUGCCGGUUUGAAUACAGUAAAAAGUCCUGGAGUCUGGAGUGCUCUGAUAACAGAUUCACUGUCUUUCACAAUAAUAAGAGAACUGAGAUACGUAUCUCUUCAUGCUCCUCUAAGAGAGUAGGAGUGUAUGUGGACGUGUCAUCUGGCACUCUGUGUUUCUACAGUGUCUCUGACCCACACAAACUCAUACACUUGCACACAUUCUCCUCCACAUUCACUGAGCCCAUCUACACUGGAUUUGGGGUUUAUGGUUCUUCAAUGUCUUUGAGCACACACACACCUGACUGAACAUACUCAUACUCAUUUUUUACACAGACAUUUGCAUAUGCACCAAAGAAACUUAGUAAACCUGAUCAUCGCUGGUGAUUUAACUUUCAAAAUAAUAUAAUUUUUUGAACAUCUCAACAUGGAAUCAGCAGUAUAGUAAUAUGUUUGAUGUAAUAUUUGUUGCAUAAUGGCACUGUCCUUGUCAUGUCAUUCACAGGUUUAUCUUUUUCUUUAAAAUCUAAUUUUAGGGUUGAAAAUUUAGGGUUUGUUUAUAUGUCAUAAUCUCCUCUUUCUUACCAAAAGCUUAUUUGAAUAUCUGCAAGAUCACAGCAGUGCUGCUAGUGAUCAUGGUCUAUUGGAAGCAGAGGUCAUGUUAACCGAAAAUUGUCCGUCAUUUACAGAAAUUUUUUAUCAGUGAUGGAAAAGUCUGAAGGCCGUCCGUUACUUUCACAGAUUACACUGAGGGUGAUCUAUUGUAACUUUUAAAUGUAAUUCCCACCCUUGUCCAGUUGCUGGCGAGUACGCUCCAGUGUAGCAGCAGAGCACUGGAUCCAGAACAAACAUAAAACUGUCACAAAUCUUUUGCUACGCGUUUGAUUACAGACAGGUGAGUACCAAGUUUAAGCUGCAGUGGUUUAUCACACCAAAACGGUAUUUAUUGCUUGAAUUUCCUAAUGAAAUGGACAGAAUUUGAAACAAAGUUUCACAAAGUUUAGCCUAUUGCGAUUUAUUGGAUGGGAGGCACACUAUGUACUUUUUAUUCAUCAACUGAAAACACAGCAUAAACCAAAAGAUCGACUGGGAUGUAAGAAUCGAUACUGGUUCAUAAAAAUGAGAAUCUAUUAAAAUCCCACCCCUAGUGUAUUUGUUGUUUUUAGUGUCCUUUGCUGUCACUGCAGUGUGUGGUGUUGAACAUAAAAAAUGGCGCACAGUCUUAGUUCAUCUGUUCUCUUUAAAAUAAUGCAUAAGCCUAUAUCAUCCUAUAGGUAUAUGUAUAAAAAAAAACAUGAUUUUAUACUGUAAUAAACAUAUGAGUUACUGAACUUGUCUUGUAAAUUUAAUCUUGUCACAUGAGUCAAGUCACCUUUAUUUAUAUGAAGUUCCAAACGUAGGUUCGGAAGCAGCCUAAUCAUUCAGUCCUGUCAAUCAUCUUUACAAGCCUAUAUAAGCAGCUCUCACUGCACCGUCCCAGCCUCCAUUCUUCCGGCAUACGACCCCGCCCUGUCCGUGAAUCCCAGCCCGACGAACUCCCGCACUUCUCCAACUAACAACGCUCUGCAAAGUCACGCUUAAUCCGGCUCCAGUUUUAGCUUUCAACAAGGGUAAUAGAGCUCGUCAACGACGUCCCGCAGAUUUGCCCAGCCGCCUCCAUC